AUGGCUUCCAAGGAGAGCCAAAUGACCGCCACGCUCCUGACUUCCAUCCUGGCAGCUGUGUUCGGCUCCCUCCAGAUCGGCUACCACACAGGCAAUGUCAACGCCCCAGCAAGGAUCAUCGAGGAGUUCUUCAACCACACCUGGUGGUCCAGACAUAAUCAGUCGAUGCCAGAUCACAGCCUGACCUUUCUGUGGUCCCUCUCCGUCAGCAUCAAGGACUUUGGAGCCCUGCUGGGGUCACUGGGGGUCAAGUGUCUUGCUGACACCUUCGGCAGGCGUAACUCCAUCCUGAUAGUGAAUGCCCUGUCGGUGGUGGGAGCCUGUCUGAUGUUUGCCUCUAAAGCCAAUGAGUCCUUUGAGAUGCUGAUCAUUGGCCGGCUGGUGUUCGGUCUGUUCUGUGGCCUUGUGAUGAGUCUCAACCCUCUCUACAUCCAGGAAGUCUCCCCCACCAACCUCAGAGGGGCAUUCGCUACCCUCAACCAGGUGUCCUUCGCUACGGGCAUACUCCUGGGCAUGGUAGCUGGUCUUGAAACAGUGCUGGGGACGAAAGAGCUGUGGGCUAUGAUGUUAUCCCUGUCUCUGAUACCUGCCCUGCUACAGUAUCUGGCCCUCCCCUUCUGCCCUGAGAGCCCCAGAUACCUGCUCAUCAACCGCGGUCAGGAGAGCCAGGCAGAGACUGCCCUGUGGCGUCUGAGAGGCCCGUCAGACGAGGUGUUCACGGAGCUGGAGGAGAUGAAGCAGGAGGCGGCUCACACCCAAUCAGCCCUCACCGUCAAGGAGUUCUUCACCAAACGCUCCUACCGACAGCCAAUCAUCAUCGUCCUCAUCGUUAACCUGGGCUCCCAGCUCUCAGGCUUUAACGCGAUCAUCAAUUAUUCCACCAAGAUGUUUGACAAGGCUAACUUUGACGAAGCCAAGUAUCUGACGCUGGGGGUGGGGGCUGUGAACGUGGCCUUCACUCUGGUGGCGUUCUUCCUGAUGGAGAGGGCGGGGCGUAGGAAACUACUGCUGACUGGCUUCCUGUGUCUAGCUGUGUGCAACCUCUCCAUGACCGUCAUAGACUCAGUCCUGUUCCUUGUCCCAGAGCUGCGUAGCCUGCAGGUGUUGGUGGUGUUCUUCCUGAUCUCAGCCUAUGAGGUGGGACCUGGUCCUAUUUCCUGGUUCAUCGCUGCAGAGCUGUUUGACCAGCCAGCCAGACCAAUCGCCAUGGCCUUCACCAGCAUGCUCAACUGGGGAGGGAAGUUCAUGCUGGCCCUGCUCUUCCCUCCACUACUGAAACUGUGUGGUGCUUAUGUGUACCUCCUCUUUAUGACCAUGGCUCUGGCAGCCUUCAGCUUCACUUGGAGACGCCUACCUGAGACCAAGGGACGCACCUUCGAUGACAUCGCAGCCGAGUUCCGAGAGUCCGAGGGCAUCCCCCUGCACAUUAAGACUGGUUUCAACACCUUCCCCUUGACCUGA